AUGUUGCAGAGAGAGAGGGAGAAGAGGACGUCACAACAAACCAGACCCAGAGAGAGAGAGCAAAGGGACAUGCAGAGAGAGAGGGAGAGGGACAACAAACGAUCCAGAGAGAGAGAGAACGGACAACAAACAGAUCCAGAGAGAGAGAAACCAGAUCGCACCGAGAGAGAGAAGAAGACAACAAACAAAUCCAGAGAGAGAGGGAGGGACAACAAAACAGAUCCAGAGAGAAGA